AUGGAGGAAAUUCUUAAUAUUACGAUACACCACAGUGGUCAAUUUGUUAGUGAGGACUUGAGUGUGUACGAAGGAGGUGAGAUUGCUGAUUUGAGAGUAGAUGAUGAUAUGUGGGGUUAUUUUGAGUUAUUGGGUGCUAUUAAGGAACUAGGUUACCCAGCCAUAGAGAAGAUAUACUAUAAGGAUCCAACUGCUGGAAUGAAUCUGUUGUUUGAUGACAAAGGGGCCUUAGAGAUUGCUGAUCUAUAUAGGGUUCAUUUACGUGUUGAAGUCUUUAUUCAACACCCAUUGUCACAGCCUGAGUAUGUUGAUGAGAGUGAAGUUAUUUUAGAUGAGAUACCCCUGAAUAAGGAGGCAAUUGAAGAUGUUGUUGGACAGAAGGAGGCAAGUGAAGAUGUUGUUAUACAGAAUGAGGCAAGUGAAGAUGAUGUUGGACAGAAGGAGGCAAGUGAAAAUGCUGUUGGACAGAACGAUGAUGAUAGUUCUGAUGAUGAUAGCUCUGAUGAUAGUAGCUUUUCGUAUGAUAGUGCAAAGGAGGUUGUAUUUGAUGAUGAAACUGAUGACUGUGAUACUGACUUGGAAGAGGAAGAAGGUAUGGCAGAAGUAACUGAUCUCUGUGAAACUGAACCAAAUAAAGAAGAUAGUAAAGGAAGUGAUAAAGGAAGUGAUAAUGAAAGUGAGGAUCUUUUUGUGACGGUGGUAGCCCUUCGAAGAACCGCAGAUUCUCCACAACCACAUAUAGGUCUCCAUCGCAACUUUCCAUCUAAGCUUCCAUCUCUAUUGCAAUCGUACGAAAACCGGAUCUCUGAUGAUGCUUCCUUCAUCAUAUUGAGGGAAUUUCAAAUUCAAAAUGGGAAAAUUGAGGAUUUCUGGAACCCUAGAAUUUGA